GGCUCAGGGAGGAAGGAGGCCUGGGAGCUAAACGCGCAGAGCGCACGGAGACCCCAGGCAGGGCGGGCUGCAUUCGCGGUGGCACAGGGUGGCCGCGGCGGGUCUCAGCAGCCUGGUGGCCCCUCGGGAUUAGCACGCCCGACAGCACUAACGCGCCGGGGCCGGCCCAGCAAAUCUUUUGUCCGGGGCGGCGCUGAGCCAGCAGGGCGCUGCCCGGUAUAAACCGGGACCCGCAGAUGGGGCGGGGCGCACCAUGGCGCAGCGCUCCGGGAAGAUCACUAUCUAUGAGGGCAAGCACUUCACGGGGAGGAAGCUGGAGGUCUUUGGGGACUGUGACAACUUCCAGGACCAGGGCUUUAUGAACCGCGUGAACUCCAUCCGCGUGGAGAGCGGAGCCUGGGUCUGCUUCGAUCACCCUGACUUCCGGGGCCAGCAGUUCAUCUUGGAGCACGGCGACUACCCCGACUUCUUCCGCUGGAACAGCCACAGCGACCACAUGGGCUCCUGUCGGCCUGUUGGAAUGGUGAGUGGGCCUGUCCACCGAGGGCUGAGUCUUCCUGCUGGAGGGACCGAGGGUCAGCCCUGGCAGACAGUGGCAAGGAAUCGGGGAGCGUGGGCCUCCCAGCUUUAAAGUCUGUAAGACUGAGGGAGCUAUACCCAGAGCCACCUGCUGGCAUGAGAGCAUGGAGCCCUAGAAGAUUCGGAGCUGAGGACUUCCAGGUAAGCAGCUUUCUUCAAUUAGAUCAAGGACUGGAAGAGGCCACCACAAAACCAGCAACAACCCAGCCACCUUUCCUGACUGCAAAGCUCUGAGCCUGGAACCGAUCGACAUGGAAAUGCACCUGCACUGUUUCUGAGCCGGGAGAGUGUUUGCUUAAAAUCAUGCCCUCAGUUUUCAUUUCUCUGCCAGUUUGUUAGGGAGGUGGAGCCUUCUGUGUGGCAUAUCUGCCAGCGGGAGGCCCUCACCACCCAUGGCAAGGGCCCUGUCUUUUCUGAAACAGCCGUCCAACCCUCCACAGCCUCCUUGGGCCUUGGCACCCUGCUGCCCUCAGGCCUCCACAAUCUCGCACCUGUUAGCCCACGGCUGAUGAUGGUGAUGAUGUUGAUGGAUAUUUGUGGAGCGCUGACUUCAUGCCAGGCUCUGUGGUAGCUGGAAUCUGUGUAAUUUUACUUAUCACAUACAAUAAUGCCAAGACGAUGAUACGCUUAUCACCACUGUACAGACGAGGAGAGCUAGACACAGACGGGUUAAGCAACUUGCCCAGGGUCACACAGCAGUCAGGACUAAAACCCAGGUCUGGCUGGCUGAUUGAUCCUUUUUGUUCCUAACCACUCCUGUAUACUGCACCACACAUUUGCAUAUUUAGAUAUAUUUUUGUCAUGAAUUUGGUGCAAACCCAAAGCCUCUCCAGGCCUCAGGCCCUGUUCUGUGAAAUAGUGCAAUCAUGUCUGUUGUGCCAACUGUAUACCCUUGUAAAAGCCAAAGGCGUGACCUGUGAGCAGGUGCCAUAUGAGGGCUGGUUAGUGGUAGGUGACCCAGCAGGUGACGGGGUGGGGAAGCAGGCAGGCGAGUGGCGUCACAGGAGGGAGGGUAACUUGGCUCCAAACUCCAACCUGAUUCCCGCUCCAUCACUCACUAGGAUAUGACAUUGGAGAAGCCACUGCUGUGUGUCUCAGUGUCCUCAGACAUACAGCAGUGGUAAUCAUUCCGUCCCCUCAUAGGCAAUUAAUGCCUGGGGAAUGAAAUGAGAACCGCAGGCCCCACCGGUUCAGUCCAGGUCCUUGGGAGUCACGGGAAAAACCAGGCCUAGCAGUCCUUCCCAUGAGUUCCAGAGGCUCCCCCUGAACUCUUCCUCUCCUCCCCAGCACCAAGGCCUAGCAGCACCUCAUUAACUGGUGAUUUAAUGCUUCUCGAAUGGGCUUUGUGCUCCUGGGUGACCUCCUCCUCACCCCAGCCCCCUGCUCCCUAAUCUGUCAGCAAAUCUGCUUUUUGUCUGAAAGAGGAAAAACAAGAUUCCCACCAAAGUG